AAGAUCCUGGCGGAGCAACUUUCAAAUUCUCCUUCAUUUCUCUUUCUUUUUCCGGACCUCAGCUUGCCAUUGCGUCAUGGCAGGACCAGCGGCCCUGGUAAGCGUCUACGGAACCUUCCUGUCGACAUGCCCAAGAAAGGAAACCGAAAACGGCUGAAGUUUAAGGCCGGGGACGAUUGUCCCGGAUCAGUGACAGUUGCGGAUUACGCUGAUGCCGAUCCAGCCGUGGUGAAGAGUGGAAGGGUGAAAAAGGCUGUUGCAAAUGCUGUUGAAAAAGAAGUGAAAUUGCUCUGUGGCUCGGAAGCAUCACUUGGGGCUGAAGAAGAAGUUCUCUCUCUGGACAGUGAUGAUGAGCACGACCCAGGCAAGGAUGUGGAAAGUGGAACAGAUAUUGUCCGCAAGAAGAAAAACAAGAGGAGAAAGGAGUGCAGUGAGAGCAGCCAUGGGAUCGAGUAUCCAGUGGACAUUUGGCUUGUGCUGUCCUCCUACAUUCGUCCUGAGGAUGUUGGGAGGUUUUCUCUGAUCUGUAAGAACGCAUGGAUGGUCACUUGUACCGCUGCGUUUUGGACUCGGCUCUACAGAAGACACUACAAGAGCGAUGCAGUUCUGCCAUGUCGCCUGCAGCCUGACUCCAUCGAAGUGAUGCGCUGCCUCCGGGCUCAUGUCAUCCGCUCCCUCUUCUAUCUGUAUGAGCCAUUCACACUGCGUGUUGCAAGGAUUCCAGCUCUGCCAGAUUCAACCCCCACCUUUCUGAAUAACUCCAAGUGUUUAUUGUUCUCAGUCCAAAGGGUUUCAGGAAAUCGACCUGAGGAUUUGUGGGAGUUUAAUUUCAAGUUUGUGAAGCAGGCUCACAGCAAACAUAGAAGUGCCAAGUCUUUGUGUAUGCCCAAAAAAUAUGAAGACGUCCACACCAACCCAGAGUCUGACUGCUACGCGCUUCAAAUCCACACGCUCAACUUCAUCUUCACCCCUGUUGUCAUGGGCAUGACGCUCACCCUGUUCAACAUCAACGUGAGCACCGACAUGCGGAACCAUCGGGUCCGGCUGCUCUUCCAUGACUCUCCUGUUCAGGCAGGCAAGAAGAAAGGUGACCAGAGUGGGACGCAGGUGGUGCUGGAUCCGGUCCACAGCGUGAAGCUCAUGGACUGGUGGCACCCCGAGUACCCCUUCUCCUUUCAUGGCUAAACCCUCACAACACAACUGCACCAUCACUGAAACACAACAUGGGAUUGUCAGCAGCACUGGUGAACUACUUUUGUUUCCCCAUAAAAUAGGAUUUAUUGUUUGAUAGUUACUGAUCCAUAGGACAAGAUGCAUGCAGAGAAGCCACUUGGAAAGGAGAAGUGCUUCCGUAUGUGAAGUAAAAUGAUUUUUGAAGACACAUUUCUAUAGACACGAUAAAUUCCAAGCGAUCAGCGCACAAUUGAGUAGUACCACAGAACGUGUCCUCACAUUGCACUGUUUGGGUUAAUGCAGUUUUCAGACUCCACGCUACUCCCCUGGAUUUUAGACUGUGGUGCCCACCACAUUAGUCACAUCUAGCUGCAGCUUAACUGUCGUUUACAUGCGAAGAUGUACGAGAAAUCUAAUGAUCCCCUGAAACCAAAUGUGAAGCAGCCCCACAACCAUUUUACCGUGACGGUAAAAGUAUUAGCCGCCAGGACUUGGUAAGCUCGGGACAGACACAGCUGAACUGAUGGUACAUUUUUGAACUGCAGUACUGCCGGGAGUUUAGUUAGUGAGCCGCUGCCCGACUGUCGGUGUUGCCUCUGUUGAUCUCAGAUGGACUUGUGUGGGCAACAUGGCUGCAUCACAGUGACUGUGAUCAUGGUGACUUGCCCCUCCCCUGCUACUCCCAAACUUACCUCGCCGCUGCAGGCACACGAAGGGGCAGGUAACAGGGACAUGGUAUGAUUUUGGUUUGAUGUCCCGGCUACACUUCAUGUCUGAGUCCAUCCAUCGUGAUGAGUGUUAUUUUAGUGUGUCUAUUUUUUAAAUUUUGCUUUCAAUGUAUUUAAAUGACACUGAUUUUAGCGGGUAUCAUUUCCAGAUGGGCCAAUGACGUGUUUAAUUUUGCUUCAGGAAACCGUGUCACAAAAAACAUUUAAGUAAAGGUAACGCUGUCGCUCCACGAAGCAGCUAUUUACGACAAAUUGUUCAGAAAACCGAGGUUAAAUUGUGCAGAGACUUCGCCCUGGGCUUGUCGAUGUGAUUGAUUGAGCUGGUGAAUGUAUUCAUUGUUGAAUGAUGUUGUUGAUCACUGCGUUGAAAUAAACACUCGACCUGC